GCGAGCACGUUAGAGCGUGCGUUCGCGGUGUAGGCUCGUCAACAGUGACACGUCAAGCCUCGAGCUCGGCGUGCUCUCUGUACGAAGAGCAGGUGUUGUAGUAUAUGAAGAAGACGCGCCGGUCUGCUCGUUUGCACUCCGGACACGUCGUACUUCGUGACCGGGGCUCGUUGACCAACUCAUCGCGAAGAUCAUACCCUGACUGAAUCGCCAGCAGCAGGUGCAACGAACUCAUUGUUCGCUGUACCAUCUACUGGGAUGGUACCGAAUGCGUGCGCAUCAAGGCAUAAGCUUGACGGAUAUCAGUAGGCACGAACAGCGUGCGGACCGUGCAUUCGAAGACUCAUCGACAGAUAAUACAUCAAGCCUCGAGCUCCGAGUCGACGUAAUUCCUAUAUGAUGGAUGGAUGUCGCAUGAAAGGCGUACGACACGUCGGUCAUGCUGAGCUGCACGCCGAACACGUCGAGCGUCGCGACAGCGCUGGGCUCGUUAGCCAGGCCGUCGGACGGAUCCUUGAUGCUGGACGACAUGGCCAAUGUCGACUACGGAGCCUUGCAUCCCGUUGAGGUGGAGGUCGACGCUGAUGUGGGCCGCAGUGUCGACAAGCUGAUCGACGAGCUUUUGAGCGUGUCGAUCGCGGCGUCGUCGCUGAUGUUGGUAUACAUCGAUGUGGAUGCGUCGAUCGACGUACUUCUGGGCGCGUCGAUGGCGACGUCAUCGCAGGUGGUGGGCUUGCUGUGCAUGGUGAGUGAUGAACUCGCCGUACUCGACGAGUAUGCCUUGAAGGUAGAUGUGGACGCGCCGAGCGUGCUUGAUUGCACUCCGGCUGCGUCGCAGGGCAUAGUAUUGAUGAUGGACUCGCACCUUGACGAAGGAGACGUCGCUGACGUGCGUCUGGGUACGUCGACGGCGACCUGGUCAUGGUUGCGAAUGUCGGUCUUGUCGUGCACGCAGAGCGACGGGCUCGGCGUAGACGACAAUCGUGUCUUUGCGAUGAAGCCAGAUGCGUCGGUCGUGCUGGGUAGCACGCCGAACACGUCGUGCGUCGUGGCGGCACCCGGGUCAUUAGCCAGGCCGUUAUGAGGAUUCGCUACCCCA